GCUGGGAUUGGAUGCGAGACAACUGGGUGGGUGCGGGCGGGGGACCCCAGAAACCCAGGCUCCCAGCUCGGGCGUAGAGCAGCCCGCAGUGCAGACGCUGCCGGCCCGAGCCUGGGAGGACUUCAGCACAGACCUGGCGGGCUGGCGGGCGGCGCGGAGGAGGUGGCAGCGACGCGGAGGCCCCCCGCAGGCACCCGGUGCGCCAAGAUGUUUGACAGCUCGCAGUAUCCCUACAAUUGCUUCAACUACGACGCCGACGACUACCCAGCCGGCAGCUCCGACGAGGAGAAGCGGCUCACCCGGCCCGCGUACAGCUACAUCGCGCUGAUCGCCAUGGCCAUUCAGCAGAGCCCCUCGGGCAGGGUGACGCUGUCCGGCAUCUACGACUUCAUCAUGCGCAAGUUCCCCUACUACCGAGCCAACCAGCGCGCGUGGCAAAACUCCAUCCGCCACAACCUGUCCCUCAAUAGCUGCUUCGUCAAGGUGCCUCGGACCGAGGGCCACGAGAAAGGCAAGGGCAACUACUGGACGUUCGCAGGCGGCUGCGAGUCGCUGCUGGACCUCUUCGAGAACGGCAACUACCGGCGGCGCAGGCGGCGCAGGGGCCCCAAGCGGGAAGGGGCCGGGGAGGCGCGCGCGGGGGGCAACGAGGGGCCUCCGGGGUCGCAGGAGCCAGCCCCCCGCCCCCGCCAGCCCCCGGCCCCCGCCAGCCCAGCCGCUCCGGGGAAGGAGGAGCCCAGGGGCAUCAAGUUCAGCAUUGACUACAUCCUGUCCUCCCCAGACCCGUUUCCUGGGCUCAAGUGUCCCCUGGGCCUGCAGGACGGCAGGAACCCCCGGCUGGAGGCCCAGCAAAUGAACCUCCACGUUUGGACAAUAUGAGACGGGGCUGGCACCCGGGCAGCCCCGGGUCUUCCCAGGUGAUUUCAGCCCCACUUCCAGCCAGAGGCAAGGUUUUGCCACAGACUAACUUGCACAGCCUCUUGCUCCAAGCUGAAGACCCCCCGGGGGCCGGAGAGACAGGAACUCCAGUCUUCUGGCUUCCUCCUUCAGAAAAGUUCCCUUGCAAGAAGACUCACGGGGUCCUGCUCGCCUGAAGCGUUUGCUCCAGAGCUCCUGAAGAGUCCUACUCUGAGGAGUACGAAGACAGGUUCAGGGCCACCUCCAUCUGAGGAUUUGCUGCUUAGACAGCCACAGCCUGGAAGGUGCCCACGCACUGGGCAUACAGUUAGCCGGGCGGGUGGGCUUCUUCCCUGGAGCUGAAAGUGAUGCUAAUAAAAUGCAAACAGUGAA